AUGGAUGAAAUCGGUGCAAAACAGUUCGACGAACUUCGCGAUCGACGAAGUCAACAAGCCGGAAGUAACGACGGUUUACGAAGGACAUCUCGGACCCGGAAGGUGCCGCGUGAAUACGCAGAAUAUUUAAAUGAAAUACAUUCCAAAGGACUAAAGCAUGAAUUAUUAAAACUUUCGCAAAUUAUUGAUUUAUUGAAGUAUCUUCAGAGUCUUUAAAAACUUAUGAUUAUAAUAAUAUUGAGACUACAGAAAUUGAAAAAACUUUGGACACUAUAUAUAUACAUUCAAGGUGGGUUAAGUACCUCAAAGUACGUGAAGAUUAUUCGCAGCUGAUUAAUAACACGCGUGACUUGGAGCGUCUUAGCAUGCAACGUCAAAGUCUCGAACGAAAAAUAAAUUAAUGUAAUCAACUAGCUAUUGAUCAACUUAACAAGAGCAUUCACAGUUUAGAGAGAGACUCAAAGUUUGAGAAUGGUCUUCACCUUAAAGAUGAUGAUAAACUUUCUGUGUCAGUACAAAGUAGUGUUUCCAUGUCAAGGUCGUCAAAGAGUAGACGUUCAGGGGGGUCCUCUGUGUCGUCUAUGGUGAAGACGGCGGCUCGUUCAGCAGAAUUAGCAAGGUUGAAACUAGAGCAGGCAGAGAGAAGAGCAAAAACAAAGGAAAAACAAGUGCAAGAACAGAUAGAACGUGAGUUACAAGAUUUGCGGGAACAAGCGGAGUACUCUCAGUUAGAAGCCGAACUUUUCGCAGCCGAUCAGGCAGACGAAAGACAUAGUGACUGCGGAAACAUGCGUAGUUUAUCAAAGGCUGUAGCUGGUAACAGGGUUAAUAUGAAG